ACCCAACCCUAGCUAGGGUUUUAUUUGUCUUGUUAAUUAUAUACAUAUCUCGAGGAAGACUGCUCCGACCUAGCAGCCUCAAGUCUCUCCAUUACUCUCUCGUUCUAUUCUAUAACUUGUUCGAGCAAAGCUGAAAAAGAGUUGUAACAAUGGCGGAUGUUGCUCCUCCUGUGCCUAGCAAUCAGAAUCAGCAACCAAAAAAUCAGAUUCACAGUGAUGUGAAGCUCUUCAACCGAUGGUCCUUCGAUGACGUUCAGGUUAGUGACAUUUCCGUAACUGAUUACAUUGCUGUGAAUCCUGCCAAGCAUGCAACAUAUAUGCCUCAUACGGCUGGAAGAUACUCAGUCAAACGGUUUAGGAAGGCCCAGUGCCCGAUUGUGGAGAGGCUGACCAACUCUUUGAUGAUGCAUGGGCGGAACAAUGGGAAGAAGCUGAUGGCGGUCCGCAUAGUUAAGCAUGCUAUGGAAAUUAUCCAUCUUCUGACUGACCAAAACCCCAUUCAAGUCAUCGUUGAUGCUGUAAUCAACAGUGGACCGAGAGAAGAUGCAACUCGAAUAGGUUCUGCUGGUGUUGUGAGGCGUCAGGCUGUUGAUAUUUCUCCUCUGCGACGUGUUAACCAGGCAAUAUAUCUCCUUACAACUGGCGCUCGUGAGAGUGCUUUCAGGAACAUCAAGACCAUUGCUGAGUGCCUUGCUGAUGAACUUAUUAAUGCUGCCAAGGGGUCUUCUAACAGCUAUGCAAUCAAAAAGAAAGAUGAGAUCGAGAGGGUUGCUAAGGCCAACCGUUGAGAAUUGAUGUUUGACGGAAUGGAGGAGAUCGAUGGUGAUGCAGUUUCGUUUGUGGUGCUCUGUAGUUUCUGAUGUAAUAGCUAUUUGUAAGACCCAAUCUGGUGGGGAAACUGUUUGCAGUUGUUAUGGAUUAGGCCUUUUAUUCUGUCCUUGUUUUUCUUGUGGCCAAAACUUGCUUUUGUCUCUUUAGAAUUGAUAUACAUGUUAUAUGUUAAUUAUGAAUUCACCAUCCUCUCACCCUUAAA